AAAAGACAAAAUAAAAGGAACAUUAGUAAAUCAGCACAGAAAAUUAAACAUCGACACUAUAUACUUCAACAUUCCAAAAUAUGUACAAUCAACUCGGAAAUAUUUAUCAUCGUCAAAUAUUUUCAGAAAGCACUUGGGUCGCACAAAAAUAAAAGCUUCAGAAAUAUAUGAACGUAAAUAAAAACAACAAUUUUGAGAUUUGAAAUUAAGAAACAAAAAGAAAACUAAAAAUUCUUUUAAGUUUGCCAAGUUUUUUUUAUUUUUUUUUAUUCUCAACUUUUGUAAAUAUUUUGAAGAAAAAAAAUAUUAAAAUUUCUGCCUAUAAAAAAAAGUUGUAAAAAGUUGGACAGAAAAAAAAGAAAGAAAAUGCACUCCCAGAGCCCUGACAAAAUGUCUAAGUUUUAGUGACAAAAGCAGAAAUGACACAGUUAAUAAUGUGACAGCUUCUGCCACGCACGGACAAAAUGUCUGUAUUUUUGUGAGAAAGGAUGAAAAAAGCCACAUCUCUGUAUUGCAUUUCAGGCUGGAGCCCCCCAGGGUGAGGUGACUGGGGGUCUGUGGAGGGACAUGGUGUCUGAAGUCUUCAUUGCAUUGUGGGUGUCAGUAGAAGUGACGCCAUAUUUGCCGGUGCCGCCGCUGUAAACAACAAAAAGUGUCUGAGGGAGACAGACAAGAGACGCUUCAGUGGAUUUCAGGACAUUUUAUUUGUUGUUGUGGGUGAUCCGCUCUCCUCUCGCCAGUCAUGUCUCUGGGAAUGUCUUAUAAACCCAACCUGAACGCACAGCUGCACGGCAACCAUGGGGCUCCGGCACCUGUCAGUGCACAUUCUCCAUCUACUAGCAUGGCAUCCUCUGCACAAUACAGACAGCUGGUGAAUGAUUAUGGACCUCCAUCUCUGGGAUAUACACAGGGCACCUCUAGCAAUCAGGUACCCCAAAGCAAGUAUGCAGAACUCCUGGUCAUCAUAGAGGAGCUAGGUAAAGAAAUUAGACCAACCUAUGCCGGCAGUAAGAGUGCAAUGGAGAGACUAAAACGAGGAAUCAUUCAUGCAAGGGGUUUGGUACGAGAAUGUUUGGCUGAGACAGAGCGAAACGCUAGAUCCUAGCUAUGCCAAAUGAAACUUUCUGAUGCAUACAAAGCUAAUCCGGAUUUUUUUUUUUUUAAACUUCAGGGCAGUCUUUCUGAAUAUUUAGCCAGUGGGAUUCACUUACUCUCGGGGAUCCCUCUAAUGUACUGUAAAGCUGCUAAACACAAGAUGCAAUUUUUACUAGCAAACAGAAUUUCCACGUAUAGUAAAGUAUUAAAGGCUCUCUGAUUCUUUUUCUAAGAGUCCAAGGAAAUUCAUGAGUUCUUGCAUCGUUAGCUACAAUAUAUUUUGUUUAUCUUUCUUGUACAUUAAUAUUCAGGUUCUACCAACUUUUAUGCAUUCUAAUUAGAUGCUUAUUACCUUGUGCUGGUCUUAAAAGAACAACGCAUGUUUUUUUUUUUUGUCAGGAAGUUUUGGUUUAUGUUUGAAAUUAUUGACCACCUUUGUUUGAACUGUAUUAAGAUGGACUUCUUUGUUUUUAUUUCAAAUUCAGUAAAGAAACCAGUUUGGGUCCUAAUGUGAUAAAAUAGGGCAUAAAACAAAUUUCUAUGGUUACCAUUUUUUCUGUAUCUUUGGCCAUUACAGUCUAUGAGGACAUCAGGUCCAACCACAAUACAAACAGAGCCAAAGUGUAAGACAUACAGUUGUACGCAAUAUUUUGUCAAACUAGUCAAAUUACAAGUUUAUUUUAUUUUCGGAGUUAAAAGAAGUCAAUGCAGCCUUUGCGGGAAAUAAACUUAAAGGAAACUUGGCAGCUCUAUUUGCUGCUAAGAGCUGCAGACAUUAGUUGAUAGCAGCAGUAAUAUUUUGUAUAAAAGCAAAUUGUACUUUUCCUAAUGGUGGUUGCCAGACUUAUGAAACCUAUUUUUAUUUGUCAGACAAGCGUCAAGGAGGUUGUGCCUAGCUGCUUAUGUGCCACAGUCUACACACCUUCUUGCUCACCCUAACUUCCCAGCCCCUCCUUGAAUGAAGUACAAGGUUAGCAGUUACGUGCCUGGGCCCCGCUUGGCUGAGAAAUAAAAUGGUGAUAAGUCUGGCAACCACCAUCUGCUCCAGGAAAGGUAAAGUUUUUUUUUUUUUCCCUUUAUACCCUAACAGCUAUUCAACAGCUGUCUGCAGCUUUACGCAGCAAGUUGAGCUUACAGAUUUCCUCUAACCGUAUUCAUAAUAGUCUAUUUGCUAAAUUGACCAUAAUGGAAACAAUCAAAAAAUCUGUCAUGUGUAAAUUUUACGUAUCUGACCAAAUUCUUCUUCCUAAGGCUAAGUUUCCACUUGGCUUUUUUUUUCUGGCAGUUUUUGGAAUACUGCCACUGCAGUUUUUGAGCCAAAGCCAAAAGUGUAUUCAAAAGGAAUAGGACAUAUAUAGGAAGGACUUACACUUCUCCUCCCUUAUGGAUCCAUUUCUGACUUAGGCUCAAAAACUGCAGUGGCCGAUAUUAAAAAAAACUGCCAGAAAAAAAAACAAGUGGAAACUUAGCCUUAUACUCUUUGUGGCAUUUUUGAUGCAAAUUUUCCACAUAACAUUUUCAGAAAUGCUACAAUUUCCUCCAUGGAUUUUUUUUUCCAUUGAUAUAGGAAAGUCAAAAUCUCAAAAAAUUCACAAAGCUGCUAAUUUCAUUGCUAAAAUGCUGCACUAAUUGGUGCAGAUUUCAGUACAAAAAUCCAUGUUAACAUGAAUGAGCUGUGUGCACUUUACCAAAUUUUUCUCUGCUAAUAGGUUUUUCAUCUCCAGUCAUGCUUGCUGCUCCCUCUUCCUGCCAGGCAGGCUUGAUUAACAGUGCUUCUUCCUGUACUCAAGCUCAAGCUGUCAAUCAAAGCUGUCUGGUUGGAAGAUGGGCAUGGCGCCAACUCCCUUUUGACUGGAUACUAGCCAUGGCGAACGCAGUUUAAAGCUCUUUCAGCUCUAUGUGGCGUUGCAUUGAGGUAAGAACAGUGUUGAAAUGCUGUUCUUCUCACCUGUCAGGUCCUGGGGCCGGUGUGUGCAGCACCAGGGACCAGACAGGUUUGCUAUUAAUUUUAGCAAAAGUGUUUAGUCUUUAAAGGGGUAUUCUGGCUUUAUACAUCUUAUCCCCUAUCCAAAGGACCCCUGCAAUCUCGUUACAGCCCCCGGCAUCCUGUGCGGGUGCUCCCUCCGAGACGAGGAUGUGACAUCACGGCCACCCCACCCCCCCACCCACCCAUUCAUGUCGAUGGGAGGGGACGUGACUGCAAUCCAGCCCCCUCCCAUAGACAUGAAUGGAGGGGGCGUGGUUGUGAGGUCACAUUCCCAUCUCUGAGGCAGCGCCUGGCACAGAAUACCGGGGGCUGCACCGAGAUUACGGGGGUCCUCAGCGGCGGGACCCCUGCGAUCAUACAUCUUAUCCCCUAUCCUUUGCAUAGGGGAUAAAAUGUAUAAUGCCGGAAUACCCCUUUAAUUUAUCUGACCAGAGCACUUGAUGUGUUACAUGUGGCAUACUUCAAAUGGAACCUGUCACAUUAAAAAUUAAAUCUGAUUUAUAGAGCAGGAGGACCUGAGCAGAUCAGUAUAUAGUUUAAUGUGGAAACGUGAAUUUUUGUUCAUUCUAGGCUAAAGUAAUCAAGUGGACAGUCCUACUCAGUGACUGACAUCUCUUCAUAUGCACGAAUAGCUGUCAAUCACUAAGGAAGGACCUCCCACUUUACUACAGAGGUUUACUUGAAUAAAUGACAGGUUAUCCUGUUACUUUUCUCACAAAACUAUAUAUCAGUCUGGUCAGCUCUUCCUGCUGUAUAACAUGCUGCCUGCAGAUUGGACUGUGACAGGUUCUCUUUAAGAUGUUGAUUGCUGUCUUAAUGUUCACUUUGUAAACAAAAGGAUUUUUUCUAAUGACUUCUGCAUGCAGGUCAUCUUUGUGCCAGCAAUGUAGCAGAGUUGACUAGUGCAUAAUCCUUGUCAUGGUGGCAGUCAGAUGCUCUUUCUAGUCCAUAGCCAUGAUGUAAGUUAAUUAAAGGGGGUUUCUAGGACUAUAUGAUUGAUGUCCUAUCAACAGGCUAGGCCAUCAAUCGCUGAUCAGUGGAAUGCCAACACCCAUGAAGUGAAUGGGAGCAGAGCUGCAGUUACCCAACGCCACCACUAUGCAAUGAAAGGCGCAGGGCUUUUGGCCUCAUUUACUAUGUAGUGCAGGGUGUCAAACAGCUGGUUGGUGGGGGUGCUGGGUGUCCUGUGGAUAGGUCAAUAAUAUAGUACCAGAGAAACCCUUCAGGUUAACACCCUCCAAAAAAACAACAUUAUUACAUAUCAAUCAUUUGACUAUGAUAAUUCAGCAAAUAAACUGUAAUGAUAAUGUGUGUGUAAUUUGUUUUUAUUUAUGAAAAAAAUUAACAGAACAAGUAAUUUCUCACUUGUUUGUAUACAAUUGUAUCAGUGUCUAAAUGUUAUUAAAUUGGUUUGUACAUGACAUAAAUACAAGUCAAAUAUACUGGAAAUGUAAAGUGACUUGUACAGGAUCAUGCCAUGUGCGACCAUAGAGACAUGGUUGAAUUAUGGUAUCCCAGGGCAACCAAACAGCAAAGUGGGACUUGUGACAUGGGUAUGACACUGACACUGCAUAUUUUAAAAAUUACUUCCAAUUGUGAAUACAAGUCACUUUACAUUUCCUGUAAAUGCGAUUUCUAUUUUUACUUUGUAGGCAAACCCCUUUAACACAUGAUCCCUUAUGUUUUGGCUAUAAAAAUAAACUUGUUUAAACUAUAGCAAGAAGAUUAUUCUGAGGCUAAGGAUGUUGCAUUUAGUUUUCAUGCAAUGUAAUUUUCUCUUUAUCACUUUAGGGUUUGUUUUUUAUGGGUUUGUAUAAUUAACCUAUGCAUCUGCAUGUAAUCGUUUUCAACAUUCAACAUGCAUGUGUUCCUUAACUAGAGAUGAGUGAAUCCAAUCGGACAAAGUCGAAUUCAUUCCGAAUUUCAUGAAAAAUUUGAUUCGGACCGAAUCUGAACUUCGACUCGGUUCGAAAUAACAAAUUUCUUCAUUAGCAACACCCCUGCGAUCGUUCUGUAUAAUGUAUAGAUGCGAGCGGCUUUCUCCUGCGCUCGCAUCUCUGCAAUAGAUAGGACAAUCGCAGCGGGUGUCAGGAGUGUGAUCUGUCCUUAACUGCAGGUACUACUACUCCCAACAUGGAGCACACUCGCCUUCAUGCUGGGACCUGUAGUACCUGCAUUAAUAGACAGAUCGCAGCAGGUGUCACUUCUGACACGCGAUGCGAUCGUCCUGUAUAAUGUAUAGAUGCGGGCGGCCGGCUGCUCUUCUCUGGUUCCACUGUAGUAUGAGUAUAUGCCGUAUAUACACCUAUUAUUCAUAUUUCCCGCAGAGAGCUGUGAUUAGUUCGAGUCAUCUGGCCAAUCACAGCUCUCAACGAGAAAUAUGAAUAAGUGAUGUGAAUUCUAUUCACCUCACUUGCCGGCCAGAGUAUAGUGCAGAGAUGCGAGCGCAGGAGAAAGCCGCUCAAUCUCUGCAAUAGAAAGGGCAAUAGCAUUGGGUGUCAGGAGUGACACCCGGGGCCAUCUGUCUAUUAGUACAAGUACUACAGCUCCCAUCAUGGAACAGUCUGUUCCAUGCUGGGAGUAGUAGUACUACCUAAAAAAUUUUACAAAGAGAAAAAAAAGUGAAACACACACACACACACACUUUUAAACACAAUAUUAAAAUACAUUACUAAUAAAAAAAAAAAUUACAUUUAAAUGGCCCCUUUCUAAAUUUUUAUUAUUAUUUUUUUGGCUGUCAAAUUUCGGGAGCAGGCAGGGACCAGAAAAUUCAGCGCUCAAUAUUAAAAAUGAAUAUGAGUGAGUUGUCAUAUUUUUUUUUUCAAGUUUUGCUUCUAAGUCAUAAUUUUUUUAUUUUCAUUUUACUUUUUUAGCCCCAUUAUGUCCCUGCCCGCUCCCAAAAAUUGAAGGACAAAAAAAAUAUUUUUAAACAGGGAUCAAUUUAUGCGGGCGGGCGGGCAGGGACCUAAAAAUGUAGACAAUAAUAAAAAUGUAGAAAGGGGCCAUUUAAAUGUAAAAAUAAUAUAUUUUGUCUAAUUUUUUUUUAUUAGUAAUGUAUUUUAAUAUUGUGUUUUAAAAAGUGAAACACACACACACUUUUAUUUAACACAUUAUUAAAAUAUAUUACUAAUAAAAAUUUGCCGAGAAUUUAUUCGGACAAAAUUUUUCAAAAAAUUCGCUCAUCUCUAUCCUUAACCUAUAAGAGGGCACGAAAACUUUUUUUUUAGGUAGAUUUAAAUGUCUGCCUUAUGGUUAUUAUUGCAUAUUCACAUUACGUUGUGUAAGUGAGAAAAACAAAACAAUGAAGUCUAACAAUUUGCAUCUUUGUAUGUAUUUAUUACUUGAUGUAAUAAAGCUUAUUUUCACUAA